GCCAGAGCACGGCUGAUAAAUCUAACCACGCAUAACACAUAACACAAUAAUAAUAAUAAUGAUAAUGAUAAUAAUAAAUAAUAAUAUAAACAAUUAGGGGAUCGUCUGAAUGGAAUGAAUGGAUUAGUUUUUGUCGCCCCGAAGUGUUUGAGGAAACACAUGAAUAAACAUGUCAACGGUAACCCGCUGAUGCAUCUGGCCAUGGCAUGCGAUACCGUGGUAUCCCACACCGACGAGCUAAGAUGUCUCUCAGACCUGCUAACGACCACCACGCUGCAGAUCAAACACCUACACCGCAGAAUGGACCAUCUCGAGAAGUUACAUGGCAGUCAGUGCGUGUGGAAAAUACAAUGGUUCCAGGAUAAACAAGAUGCAGCCAAAUGUGGAAACCAGACUACAAUAUUCAGUCCUUCAUUCAUGACGUCACGACACGGGUACAAGAUGGUUCUCUCCCUUUGUCCAUAUGGAGAUGGAAAAUCACGAGGAAAGUUCCUGUCCAUCUUCAUCUGUAUCUGCAAGGGCGACUACGAUGCCCUGCUGCAGUGGCCUUUCCAUCACAGAGUGACCCUAACCCUCAUAGACCAGUGUCCAGACCCACAAUACCGCAGAAACGCAACCUUCACAAUCAAACCAAAAGUUACCAAUGGGAACAAGACUUUCUUGGGUCAGCCAACUGGUCCAAGGAAUCCCAGCUUUGGCUCGCAACAAUUUGUUGAACUGAGCCUUCUAGACACAAUGGACUAUGUCAGGAAUGAUGUGAUGUUCAUCAAAUGUACUGUUGAUCGUGAGGACAUGUUGUUACUCUAGACAACUAUAUUAAAAUGUCAGGAAUGAUGUGAUGUUCAUCAUAUAUACUGUUGAUA